CUCCUAUGAAAAGCAUGUAACAUCCUACCUAAUCAUGGAAAAGGACGAUUAAAAGGUCUUGUGGACCCCAAACUAUAAGAAAGCAAAUCUAUACGGGCAGCCUACUAGAUUUUGAAAUUAUAAUGAGGAAAGGUGCAGUCAGUUUGGAACUUUGAACGCACACACACCGAGCAUGGGCCUGCUUAGCCACAGUAUCCUUGCGCUGCGCGGGGGGGUGGUGCGGGGGGCGCGGGGGGCGCACGUGCCGGCGGGCUGCAACGCGCCGCCGCAGCCGCCGUGCGAGCCGUGCCGCCCCGCGCCGCCGCCGCCCUGCCGCCGCGCCGCCGCCCAGCCCCGCCUGGCGCGCCGCGUGCUGUGCGCGCCGCCCCCGCCCGGCAGCCGCCCGCCCUGCGCCGCGCCGCUGCCCGCAUGCCCCAAGACUUGCGCUGAUGCGAAGAAAAUCGAGGAAACCGUUACUACUGUUGGAUGCGGGCGGAAGUCACGGUCGGACUUCUGCGCGCGCAUCAACGACGAGGUGGGGCGGCGGCUGGAGGCGGCGCGGCGCGCGCGGCGGCGGGACUACGAGGAGGAGGUGCGGGCGCGCCGCGCACGGGACGCCCUGCCCGCGCAGCCGCCGGGACCCACGUACAAGCUGGCCUGCGCCGCGCCCCCGCCCCCCGCGCCGCCCGGCGAGAUCUACCACCUGCCGGACAACAAGUGCCUCCGCCCGCGCCCCGACCACUGCGCGCACCUCCCCGCCACCGUCCUCGAGCUCGACCGCAGCGGCGACCCCGCGCGAGGCGGCGCCCAGCCCGCACACCCGCCACAGCCUUCACCCGCACAUCCACCAGCUGUCACUCAACCUACUUCUACUCACACUGGUAUUACAAUACCCAAAAAUUGUACACUAUCUAUGCUUCCCACUGCGCCAAACUCACCACCUCCAACCCCGCAAUCACCACCUCCUUCCCCGCAGUCUCCACCUCAUUCCCCACAAUCUUCAAUGUCUUCGACAACGAAGCAACCAUCGGUGGUAAAUGAGUUCAAGGAGCGCAUCAUGCAGAGCCUGACCGGCAAGGGCACGCACUCAGAGCACACGCAGGGUGCAGGGUCCGAGCACGCGGGGGUGAAGAUCAGCCGGCGACCCUGCAACAGCGGCUGCAAGGACCAGGGGGCCGCGCGCGCCGGCGACCUGACGUGGUGCAAGCAGCUGCCGCCGCCGGCCCCCGAGCCGCCGCGCUGCCGCCCCGCCACGCUCGUCGACCGCGUCACCGCCCCGACAGACAAGCACCGGCCCAACAGUCGCGACCUGCACACAUCCGCUGCUCUCCGAGCCAAGCCACCGAGAAACAUCAUUGACCGGAUGAAAAAAAGACCAGACCUCACGGAAGUGAGUCGUGGAACAGUACACUUGGAGACACCGACGUGCCGGAUCAAUGGAUUAAUCAAAUUUGAACUAGACAUUGACGCAAAUCAGCUGUCUGACCAGGUACCAGCUAAUAAAGCUUCGUCGAAACCUUCUCAGUGUGUCUGCACAUCUUCUGCAGUCGGAGGAGACCGUGCGGAAAAGAAUUCAGCCAGGUCAUCGUCCUCCUACACCUCCUGGUUUCGUAAAAAGGGCAAGAACGAAGAAAGUAACGGUAAAGAUACAUCGGGGUUGAUUAGCCCUAGACCCAAAGCGCAGCCGUGCAGUAACUCAUCAGUUAACGAAGUCUUGAAACCGUGUUCCAGUCCUCCUACAAAGCCACCUAAAGACACCUGUAAUGAGCCAAAAAAAAAGUUUAGCUCUUUUUCCUCUAAUAAGAUUAAUAUUCCAACUAACGAUUUAAUAUUUGUUAAAACCUGAUCAAUAUAAUGGUGGUGUUAUUUUCAGAGCGUGUGUGUGCGUUGAAUAAAGUUCAUUUUUUUUAAA